AUGAACCAGUUUCCUAAUGUGGGAACAUUUUCUUUUGCGUCUGUUGAAUUUGAAGGGGGGCUAUGGCUCCACGUAGAUGUGAACAGUGGACUCUCAUGGGUUGGUGACCAAGCACCUUUUGGAAUCCAUCUUCGGACCGUUCAAGUUGGGUUCAAAUUAGGAGCAAUGGAAAAGGAAAUCUCCAUUGGCUAUGAAGAUCCUUUACCACAAAGCAGGCCGUUGUGUAACCAUGUCGCCUCAGAAAGCCAUUGUCCUGGCUACCCUUGGGCUUGCUAUGGACUUGAUCCAGGAUCAUUUCCUCUGUCCUUUGGGGCUUGA